AUGAUGGAGCGAGGAGCUUUGGUGAAUUCUGCUUCUUCUUCAAACUGCUAUGCUCCUUUCCAAUUUCGCCAAACAAGGAAAGAUUUUUCCUCAUUCAGGCCGACAACCAAGCUAAUCCCUACUCAAUUCCGGUUUAGCUGUCCAUGGUUAAAGCCGGCUGCUUCUGUGUCUUCUCGGGCGGAGACGGCGGCAGCUAAAUGCAAUUUGUUUGACUACGCGGCGAGCUCAGGCAGCGAUGUGGAAGCUGAGCAUCCGGUGGACGACAUUGAGUUUGUUCGUUGGUUCCGUGAAGCUUGGCCUUAUCUGUGGGCCCACCGUGGCUGCACAUUCGUCGUUAUCAUCUCCGGCGAGAUACUUUCCGGCAAUUACUGUGAUCCCAUUUUGAAGGACAUAGCGUUUCUUCAUCAUCUGGGGAUAAGAUUUGUUCUAGUUCCUGGAACUCAAGAGCAAAUCGACCAGCUUCUAUCUGAGAGAGGACGUGAAGCUACAUAUGUCGGACGUUACAGAGUGACGGAUGCAGCAUCUUUGCAGGCUGCCAAGGAAGCUGCAGGAGCUAUAUCAGUGAUGCUUGAGGCAAAACUAUCUCCAGGACCUUCAAUUUGCAAUAUCCGUAGGCAUGGUGAUAGUAGUCGUUUACAUGAUAUAGGUGUCAGGGUCGAUACCGGCAACUUCUUUGCAGCAAAAAGACGAGGUGUUGUUGAUGGUGUUGAUUUUGGAGCGACAGGUGAAGUGAAGAAGAUAGAUGUAGAACGGAUUUGUGAGAGGCUUGACGGUGGUUCUGUAGUUUUGUUGAGGAACUUAGGCCACUCAAGCUCCGGAGAAGUCUUAAAUUGCAAUACCUAUGAAGUUGCUACAGCUUGUGCAUUAGCUAUAGGAGCAGAUAAGGUUAUUUGCAUAAUGGACGGUCCAAUUCUUGACGAGAGUGGACAUCUUAUUCGUUUCUUGACACUUCCGGAAGCAGAUAUGUUAGUGAGAAAACGGGCACAGCAAAGCGACAUUGCUGCUAACUACGUGAAAGCUGUUGGAGAUGGAAGUGUUUCUUAUCCGGAACCUCCUAACAACACCAACGGUAAGAUUACUUCUCCUCCUCAUAACGGGAGAGGAGCUGCAUUUUGGGGAAACGGAAACGGAAACGGAAAGCACACUCCAAUCUUUCAGAACGGUGUUGGAUUCGACAACGGGAAUGGAUUGUGGUCUGGUGAGCAAGGUUUUGCUAUUGGUGGUGAGGAAAGACUAAGCCGCUUAAACGGUUAUCUCUCUGAAUUGGCUGCUGCCGCGUUCGUCUGCAGAGGUGGAGUCAAAAGAGUUCACUUGUUGGAUGGUACUAUAAGUGGAGUUCUAUUGUUGGAGCUUUUCAAAAGAGAUGGAAUGGGAACUAUGGUUGCUAGUGAUGUAUACGAAGGAACAAGAGAUUCCAAAGUGGAAGAUCUUGCAGGAAUUAGACAUAUAAUCAAGCCAUUGGAAGAAUCUGGCAUUUUGGUUCGCAGAACUGAUGAGGAGUUACUGCGAGCUUUGGACUCUUUUGUGGUUGUGGAAAGAGAAGGCCAGAUCAUCGCUUGUGCAGCUCUGUUUCCGUUCUUCGAAGAGAAAUGCGGAGAAGUUGCUGCAAUCGCAGUUGCAUCAGAUUGUCGAGGUCAAGGCCAAGGCGAUAAACUGCUCGAUUACAUAGAGAAGAAAGCUUCGUCUCUGGGAUUAGAGAGGCUGUUUCUGCUAACAACGCGAACUGCAGAUUGGUUUGUGAGACGAGGGUUUCAAGAAUGUUCAAUCGAGAUGAUACCAGAGAGCAGAAGACAAAGAAUCAAUCUCUCUAGAAGAUCAAAGUAUUACAUUAAGAAGUUACUUCCUGAUAGGAGUGGCAUUUCAGUUUCCAGAAUGUAA